AUGAGCAGUCCUUCUAAUUCGCCCGAGCGCCAAGGGAAAAGUGCUCCCAAUGAUGCCGAUGACAGUGGUGACGAGGAUGUCUUCCACGAUGCCCACUUCCCCGCCGAGGAAGAAGCCCAACUCUUGAAAGAAGCCCACGAAAUCAAAUCCGAAGCAAAUCAGCUGUUUCUCGCGACCAGCUAUGACCAAGCCAUCUCCUGCUACGAUCGAGCUCUCGCUUCCUGCCCGAGCUACCUCGAUUACGAUGUCGCCAUAAUCCACAGUAAUAUCGCUGCUUGCCAUUUGAAAUUGGAAGAUUGGAAGGCCGCAGUAGACUCUGCAUCCGUCUCCAUUGAACGUCUGAGCAAGAUUAUCCCGCCAACCCCACAGGACAAGGGUGACGAGUCGAAGGGGAAACAAAUCCCAGAAUCCGACAAAAAGCACACAGAUGCAGUGGUUGAACUGUCGGGAGAUGACGAAGAAGCCGAGUUGAAGGAACUACAAAGAUUGCAAGAGCAGGACGAGCAGAGGAGCAAGGUGAUGCGACUUCGAGCCAAAGUCCUUAUGCGACGCGCAAAGGCGAAGACCCAAAUCGGUGGCUGGGGUAGUUUGCAAGGUGCCGCAGAGGACUACCAGGCCCUUGCUGCGGUUGAAAACCUUCCGGCAGAUGAUAAAAGAGUUGUGCAACGGGCAUUGCGGGAACUCCCCGAGCGCAUCAAUCAAGCACGGGAGAAGGAGAUGGGCGAUAUGAUGGGCAAGCUGAAGGAUCUCGGAAAUGGGAUCUUGAGCCCAUUUGGUCUGUCGACGGACAACUUCAAGUUCGUCCAGGACCCGAAGACGGGUGGCUAUAACAUGAACUUCCAAUCCUAA